AAAGGAACAAACAGCUUCACUAUCUGUCCUCCACACCACAUAUCACCAUAUUCAUCUCUCUCUGACUCUCUCUCUCUCUCUCUCUCUCUCUCUCUCACUGUUGUAGCCGACACACACUCUCCCCUUCAUCUCUGCUCUAUACACAAACAUAUACACUCACAAAUACCCACAAAACACUGUUAAAUCUUGAUGCCCACAAAAGAGGAAAAGGGUCUUGGCAGAUUGAGUAAAGGAGCAGACUUUGUGUGUGUUUGAGUGUGUGAGAGUGAUAAACAUCCAAUAUUUUCAAUUGGGUGGUCAAGAUUUGGAUCAAAAGAUGAAAAUGAAGGUGGGGUUGUUGAGGUGGAAAACAAUGGUGAUUCUGGUGCUGAUGCUCAUCACUGUGCUUUCUCCCAUCUUUCUCUACACCGACACUCGUUUCUCUAUCCCCUCAUCCUCCUCCUUUAUCCUGGACCCAAUUCCUGAUAAUACUUCAAUUCACCAAGUUUCCACCUUUGCAGUUAGGCCUUUGAAUGUGCUUCCCCAGGAGUCACUAACAGUACUAAAACAAGAACCUGGAAUAAUUAAUGCAAACAAUUCAGAAAGUUCUCGCAAAACUAGACAACUUACUGAAGAGGACAACCACGAGGAAGCGAAGGAUGAAAACCCUAUCAGACAGGUAAUUGAAGAAGAGAAGGUGGAAAGUAAGGCUGUUGACAAAGAUGAACCCUUGGAGGUUGAGAAAAAUGACCCUGUUGAACAAGAGAAGGUAAUUCUGACUACGACUACCACAAAGAAAGAGGAUCCAAAAUUUGAGCAAAAGCCGGCCAAAACCUCAAAGAAAGUUAGCUCCAGAGAAGCGCCUAAGGUUAAACCUGAAAAGCAGAAUGCUCCAACAGUUCCCGUAGAUGCUCGUGUUCGACAUCUUAAAGACCAGCUAAUUAGAGCAAAGGUGUAUCUUUCUCUUGCAUCUACCAGAAACAACCCCCACUUUAUAAGGGAACUCCGGCUGCGAAUGAAGGAUGUCCAACGAGUAAUUGGGGAUUCAACCAAGGAUUCUGAGUUGCCAAGAAAUGCUGUCGAGAAGUUAAAGGCGAUGGAGGAGACAUUGGUUAAAGGCAGGCAAAUGCAAGAUGAUUGUUCUGCUGUGGUAAAGAAGCUUCGUGCUAUUAUUCACUCUACAGAAGAGCAGCUCCGAGUCCACAAGAAGCAGGCCUUGUUUCUGACACACCUAACUGCAAAAACACUUCCCAAAGGUCUUCACUGCCUCCCAUUGCGCCUUACAACUGAGUACUUCACAUUGAAUACUUCUGAAAGACAAUUCCCAAAUCAGGAGAAACUAGAAGACCCCAGGCUAUACCACUAUGCGCUAUUCUCAGACAAUGUAUUGGCAGCGGCAGUAGUUGUGAACUCAACUGUAUCUAAUGCCAAGGAUUCUUCCGAUCAUGUCUUCCAUGUUGUCACGGAUAGGCUUAAUUAUGCUGCAAUGAGGAUGUGGUUUUUGAUAAACCCACCAGGGAAAGCUACAAUACAAGUUCAGCAUGUCGAAGAGUUUACAUGGUUAAAUGCAAGCUACAGUCCUGUCCUUAAGCAGUUAAAUUCACCAUCAAUGAUAGAUUAUUACUUCAAAAAUCGCCGUGCUGAUUCUGAUCCAAAUAUGAAAUUCCGAAAUCCAAAAUACCUGUCAAUCAUGAAUCACCUCCGCUUUUACAUGCCAGAAAUUUUCCCAAAACUGAAUAAAGUGUUGUUCUUAGAUGAUGAUGUUGUAGUUCAGAAAGAUCUUACCAGGAUAUGGUCUCUAGAUUUGAAGGGAAAAGUAAUUGGUGUGGUUGAAACUUGUGGAGAAAGUUUCCAUCGAUUUGAUAGGUAUCUUAAUUUCUCGAACCCUCUUAUUUCGAAAAAUUUUGAUCCUCGCGCUUGUGGAUGGGCAUUUGGGAUGAAUGUAUUUGAUUUGGAGGAAUGGAGAAGGCAAAACAUCACAGAGGUCUACCAUUCAUGGCAGAAUUUGAAUCAUGACAGACAGUUAUGGAAGUUGGGUACUCUACCGCCUGGUCUGAUAACCUUCUGGAAGCGGACAUUUCCUCUUGAUCGCUCUUGGCAUGUACUGGGACUUGGCUAUAAUCCAAAUGUUAGCCAAAAGGAUAUCGAACGAGCGGCCGUUGUGCACUACAAUGGCAACUUGAAACCAUGGCUGGAGAUAGGUAUUCCCAAGUUCAAAACCUACUGGACUAAAUACAUUAAUUAUGAUCAGCUAUACUUGAGAGAAUGCAACUUGAGCCCGUGAACGGUAAACAGAUCUUUCCUUGUCAGGUGUCCUUCAAAUUGCAAUAAGCCCCUUAGAAAACAAGUUAGUGUCCCAUGAUUUGUGGUAUAUUCCGGAAUUUAACUUGCCUGAUAAGUAAUAUAUUUAUUCUUUGCAUCAUCAGUUUUCGUAGAUCCGAGAAAGAACCAACAUCUGUAAAUGUUUGGACGCUAGUUUUGAAUAUAUAUGAUUGUUACGUUGUA